AUGGACAGUAGUGUAGACGUUCCUAACACGCGAUUCUCUCCUGAUGGAGAAGAGACCCACCGUGAAGCUGCGGAGGUUUUCAUACAUAUGCACCGAAACUUCCGGGUGUCCAGAAACUUGCGUGCACAAUGGUUUUUUGAUCAUUUGGGUAAAACAGUUUCAAUCCAGGAUGAGCCCACCGGAGAUGAGUAUGGUCGAGAAAUGACAGUGUUAGGAAUAAUAUCAAAGGAUGGAAGCGUGGAUGAGUUUGUCGGGAAUGAAGUUUUCAGAGUGUGCUUGGACACGAAGGUUACUUUUCUUUCUCGGUAUUAUCGUCAGGUUUUCAUUCUUGAUUUGAGUCCUUCUACCAUUGUUGCUGACGAGCAGAGUAAUUCUUGUCUACAUCACAAGCUUUUGGAAUGUCUUCAGUUGAGUCUAUCAUCAGUUGUGCGUAGCUUCACUAUACCUGGAACCCGUAAGAAGUUUCGACCGCAAGUGUAUGUCAGCAUAAUCGUCUUCGUUCCCUUUUUAAGUUUUUCUGAGAAAUCGGUGUUAGUACAUGGUGAUCUUCUUACGGAAAGUAAUGUUUUCAAUGUUCUUGAAAAGGCUAGAGUUAAGUUUGAUGAAUUGUUGAAAUCUCUCCAUUCUUUCUCUCAACCUAUACUACGAACUUGGGUCAAUCUACAACGUCAUCAUAGGAUAAGAAUAGAUGAGAUUCCGCCCAGGAAGAAUAGUAAUCAAGAAACUGAAGAUUUCAUGGCCAUGAAUGCAGUAGGAAAGAACUUGAACGGAACGGCAAGACAACCUCCGAACAGUAAUCUGAAUGACCGAAAGCAAGAUAUCUGGUAUUACGAUGAUCAAUCCCUUUUGCCUGCUAAAUUUCUGAAAACUAACAAUGGAUAUACUUUCCCGGAGUCUGCGAUAUUGUUCAUUUUAAGAUUAGGGUUGAUAACCAUGCAGUCUUUGCCUGAACAUACUCAAUCCAAUAUCGUUGUGAUUACCGAUGGAGUAGCAGGAAUACCAGACACGUUGGCUUUAGAAGACUUACUUAAUCAAAUUCGAAAUCAGACAGUAUCAUGUUCAUUCAUUCAAGUUCAAGGUACAUCUCACAGCGAGGCUUGUUUUGGACAUGUAUCUUCUGGAGAAUUAUUUCAUUUCCUAGCCAUGGCAACAUUCGGAUCAUAUCUGCCUUAUUGUCGUUGUUCUGGAUUUGGUUUGGAGUCAAUUGAAGACGGUGAGGAGGAAGAUGAAGCAUUCUACAGAGAAUUGAACAGUUUCCACAGGUCUUUGCUCUGUUGGAGUUUUCAAAAUUUUCUGGAAGAUAAUGUGCAUAUUUCCAACUUAUUGAAAGAAAUCAGUACAGGGUUUGCCGAGUUCCAGAAAUGUGACUCUGUUGUUUAUCCAGUUUUCAAAGGCACUUAUCAUAGUAAGCUACAUGAAAUGCUGUAUGUGCGACUGAGGGAAGGCUUCUCCAUGAAAAGAGUUGAAUAUUUGAAGCACGAUUCUAGGAUUAAGAUUCAUCUGUCCAUGCCGUUCCGUCCUCUAGUUUUUGUUGAAUACACUAUCAUAGCUGGCUGGCCUACUUCUGUUCAUAAUAGAGAAGCUAUAACAACCGAAAUAUUCAUACGAGGUCCCAAGCCUGAACUCAAAGAUUUUGCUGAAUUAAAUAGGAGUGAGAUGAGCAGUAGUGAAGAACGCAAGCGAUUCAUAUGUUCUUUGAAGAGCACGAUCAAAAGUAUUCAAGAAGCAGAUGAGCUGAUGAUGCAUAUACAUUCUUUUAACUGUGAUAAAGCUUAUUUUAAUCUUCCUGCUGGUAUAGGAAGCCGUGCUAUCUUCCAUAUAGAUGAUCCAACAUCCAUAGGACAAAGAUAUGACACUGAGGACGACUUCGGAAAGUUUUUGAACUACUGGAAAGUGCUGUGCAAUAUCGAUGAUGGCGUUUGGCAAAAAUGGGUACAUAUGCAUUUUGAGAGAGUUAUUUUACAAUCGAAAGAACUCCCUAGCAAUGUCUUCAAGCUACCUGUCAAUAUUGAUUGUGGUCCUUCAAAAACAGCAUUGUACGGCCUGCUAAAGGAUGUCUCAUCGUUUUGUCUUCUACGCGAUAAACUAUAUGUAACAUUUGUGAGAGGGGACGGAAAUGAUAAACCAACAUAUUUUUAUAUGAUUCGCAUAUCUCAUGAACCACCGUGCCUUAUUCUGAAGACAGCUUUCCCGGGUGGUGUGAACAGCUGCGAACGAACGAAUGUAGUAGAGGAAAUACGCGGAAAAUUGAAAAAUUUAAAGAUAGGAGGAAGUUCAAGUAGAUCCGCAGAGCCCGCGCUUACCGUUUUCCGUCGGCCACUGGAACGUAUAUUGAUAAGAUAUGGACAUGUCCCAGUGAACAUGGAAGAAAUAGUUAGAGUAAGCCCGGAAGAAACAGACGAACCAAAUGAAGUAGCAGCAUACAAUACCAUAAGCAAAUACUUGUAUUGCAAACGACGCAUUUGGAAACUUUUCCCGUUCAAAGCAAGUUCUAAUCGUGAAGAAUUCAAUGCUACAUACAUUUUAAAUUUGAUCUUAACAAAGCGGAGACAUGAAGGGUUUAAAACUGCGUGGACAAAAAAUGGCAUGGUUAGCGUAUGUCGUCAGGUGUUUUUCCCUUGUGGACCUGCUCUAGAACAAUUUAUUAUAUUCCCACCAUCUCUCCGGCUUCCGAACCAGAGAAGCAGUCGCUUACUAGCUGCUUCCCCAAGAGCAUGGAAUGAUGAUAAAAUAAGCAGCCGUUCCCUUGGUCGUCCUGCUGACAACAUUAUACUUACUUCGGAAGCUUGGAUUGAACCAUCAGCGGAAUAUGAAACGAAGGGUCCCAAGGAACCAGCUCCACAUGUUGAUGAUGAUCUUAUUGCUCUACUGUUCUCUAUUGAUCAGUUAUUGAGAAUGUGUGAUUUUCCAUCAGGAAAUAGUAGACCUAGCUCACACGAUGCAGCUGAUGAUCGCGAGGAAGAGGCUGAAACAUCAAACAGUCGCUCUGUUUCGAUUGUUCACCAGUCUGUUCGUUUCGCCAAAUUGGCUUUAAAUUCGAACAGAGUAUUAAUUCAUGUGCCCACUUUUGAGACUGAUGCUGAUUUCAAACCCAAACGAAUGAAAACAUUCUUCAACUGCUUGACUCGUGAAUUAGACUCUCUGUUCACGGUCUCUGUUGAUAUGGAAGACCCUGCCAUUUUCUCAAAGGUGUAUGACGAUGUCGUGAAACACUCCCUCGAAAAUAGACCAGAACAUUUUCCAAAUACCAAAUGCCGAGUGUAUAUGAAAAAACUUAGCCCUUGGUCUGUCUUGCAACUUUUCGUACCACAACUUCCUGAAAAUCCUAAAAGAGAAGAAUGGAUUAAUUGGGAUGAUCUUCCGGUUAUUGCUAGCGUUUGCGACGAACCUCAGUUAGCUUACGGAUUAGUCACGGGUAAACCUCUUGGGUCUGUACGAGAGUUGGACUGUGGAAAAGAGGAAUAUUUCCCUCCCGCUAGCUGGGAAAAAGAGAAGAUUUAUGAUGUACCCGAGAGUUUGAUCUUACACAGCCGAUGUUCGAACCAUGCACGACAAACCUACUCGGCUAUUGAGCUGAUUGAAGUCGUUAAAUUUGUAUAUUUCAACGUUGUGGAAAGAGCUUUAGUUGCUGCCGUACAUGCAUGCUUCUGUCGAGGAAUCUCUGUUACUCCUUCGAUUGUUCAAUCAGUGCUGAAUGAACAAUGCAAGUGUGAAUCGUAUGAAGUUGAGUCGGUGUCCAGCGCGCUGGAAGCGUUUUGUGGUCAUCUGAAUGAGUCAAAUAAAGAGAAGAACAACUACUGUUGUGAAGAAUCAAACCUUUCUAGUUUGUUCAAAGAAUCGUUAGGUAGAAACUUCCAUCAAGUUCCUGGAAUUCAGAACUAUUUCUUUUAUCAAGCUCAGAAAGGAGAUUCUCUGAGUGAAACCAGAAGAGGCAGUCUGCGUGUGGAUUACUCGAAUAUAGAGGAUGAAAAAGACAAGACAGAAACUGUCGAUGACGAUAGUGGCUCGAAUGUUGGUUCUCUUCGAACCAGAAGUAGAAUUGAAGAGUUCACAAAAUAUGUGGAUGACCAAGGAGUAGAUGAUUGCAUUGAUAUAAGUUCUUCAAGACGGAAUAGACGAAAACAAGAUACUCCUGUGUUUGUUGUUUUCCAUUGUGCCUUGCACUUCAAAGACGGUCCUAUGGACUGCUUCCCUAUUUCUUUCAUACCAUCUUGUAUACAUAACUUGCUGAAGCAAAGCAGAUGUCUACCCCAAAAUUAUGAUAUCAAAGACAUCACUGUGAAGAUGUUGUUGUACGUUUUGACUUGGCCAUCUCAGAAACAGUUCAAACGCGAUGGUUCUUCGAGUGAUAGCUCUGAAAACGACAGUGUGGAAGGCUUUGUUGGAUUAUCUUGUGAUAGAUCUGCUCAGUUCUUGAAAAAUAUGCCCAAUAAGGAGCGGACAGCCAUUCGUCAGUUGCUGGAUGGAAUGAACAGGCUCUUAGAGCUUGAAUCAAUUUUAAUUGAUAGCAGAAAAGAAAAAAUCACAAUGGAAAAGUUGAAGAGAAUUUCGAAUUUUAUAUCUGAAGAGACGUCAAAAACAGGAGAUCAUGGACGAAUAUCUGAGAAGUGGUGUUCAUUGUCUCUCGUAGAGUCAUCGGAGGAAAUAAAAGAGACACUGAUGGAGAGACUCGAUGGAUACAAGAUUAAUUAUUGUAGACUCAAGCGUUUGAAUAACACUAACUACUUCUACAUCUGCAAGGUUGAGAAUAUUGAAGAGUUCGGCCAGAGUCUACCCAUGGCUGAAAAAGAGGGCGAGCUACGAGGAACUGCUGAAAUUGAUGCUUCAGCGGAGGUUGAAAAGGAUAGCACCAAUAAACAUAGUAAUUCCUUCAAGCGCACUGCUUACAGAUGUACUUCUCAAAGAAUAUCUGAAAACAUGAGAGUGUUACGGUCAACUGAUGGAGGAGAUGUGUCCUUGUUGAAUAUAUCUGAUAGAAAAGAUUUGUUGGCUGACUUCUGGGUCAUACUUAUCAUAGACGAAACAGUUUCGGUGAAGUUCUGUCAGAGAUAUAAGACACAACAUUCCGAGAUAUUCGAUGCUACUUGGACUACAUUCAGGGAUGUCAUAAGAACUAUUAAUCAAGAACGUUUACUGGCGAAAAUGUAUGAGCUCAGAGAAUGCGAUCCAUUGUUGCUUUGUCCCGAAGAUUUUGUCUCAUCCAGCUUAUCUGAAUCAGACGGAAGUGAAGAUGACGACAAGCUACCAACUGAAUCGCGUGUGUUCGAAACUGAUAGAACAGCUUUUCCUCCUGGAUAUUUUGCCUGUCCACUUCAGAAGCUAUAUUGGUUCAAUGUACAUUCGAGACUCAAAUUGAAUGGUUCAUCAUUCGAUAGUGCUAGUGAGCUAAUGCAGACUGUGAUCAGAACUUUGGCGGUCAAGAAUGUUCCAAACACAUAUGUUAUCAGAGAAACAAAUGGAAAUGUUCUUUACAUGCAUCUCUAUACUUCAAAAACACAGUUUGAAACAGACGCACAGAAUAAUAAGUUUUGCAACCAUUCGUCAAAGAAGUUCUUAAAAGAAGUUGAUCAAAUGAUCGGAUCACGUAUUCUGCUUGCUGUUCAUGGAAUAACUCAACCAAGUGAAGACUUCAACAACUCGAUUAUAGCCUCUAUCCAGGCUCGUUUUGAUGAAGAAGUACUGAACGUACUCAUCAACGAGUUCCAAAAAACUGACAGCAAUGUCAUAUUCGAUAAAGACGACGUUAUGUUUGUGCAAAGAGCUCCACAAGAACCAUCAGCAGUAUUCCGUUUUCCCAUUCCAAUUGAUAUGCGAGAUUUUCUUGAAGACUUGUAUUACUAUACUCAACAACAUUUGCAAAUACCAAUGAGUGUAGCCAGAUGCAAGGAAAACGUGAACUUUGUGCCAUACAGCAACAACUACUCAGCGCAGUCUCAAACCUUCUUCGUUUAUGUCAAGACACCUAAUGAGGAUAACGAGAUGAACAAAAAAAGAGGUGUUGCUUGUCUGGAAUUACGUUUCGUGGAUUCUGAUGGUCAAUCACUCCUGUUAACUCCUGGUGUUCUCAGAGAACAUUCCCAUACAUUACUAGUCAAAACGUUCAAUAGUGAUAAGGACAGACUUGCUUUCUACAAAACUAUAACGAACUCCACUGAUCGUCAACCUUUCACUUCUUCUUUGGUUAUGCAAGUAUUUGUAUGGCAAAGAGGAGAUGUUGUUCUGGAAGAUCUAAAACUCAUUCUGAGACGAGUUUUAGAACGAGCUUGCUGUGAUGUGGUUACUGAGUUCGGCAUAUUGAAUCUUAAAAUAAUAGAAACGUCUAGUAUUCUGGGCUGUAGCUCAGCCGAUCUUCUACCUCAAAGCCCUCAUUCUAACCCAGGAUACAGAUCCCAGCUGGGCUCUUCGAAAGCUUCUCCAGUUCCUUCUGAUAAAAGACCUUCAUUGAGAAAGAGAGACUCUUCUGAAACGUUGCCAUGUGGAACUCAACCGACCACACCUUCACACACGCUAGAUAGUUCACGUAAGGCUGGUUCUACUGUAUUCUCAUUUGAUACUACGAGGCGAGGCUCCAUUGCUUCUGAAGUCGGAGGAUCGAUGGAGAGUAUGAUUCCAACACAAAAGUUUUUAAACGCGAAACUGGUGUCUUCUAUAGUCAAUUUCUUCGACUUUGUCAUUGCCAAAGAAAUUGAAAACAAGAGCUCCAUGGUUUCAGUUCACAGCUACACCUGGGAGUUUGACUGUCAGAAUACUUUACGGAAAGCAUUAUCUGAGAUUUGCGACAAACUUAAAGGUUCUUUGCAAAAUGAAGAUGUUGAUCUGAGUGACAAAAUAUAUUUUUGCGAGAGAGUUGCUAAUAGUACUGGUCCGGACCGUUAUAGCGUCAAACAAGAGAAGGAUUGGAAAAUCGUUCCACAGUUCACGCAAGAUCAAGGAACGUUAAUGAACGAAAAACCCAAAACUGACUACAUUAUUCUGGCUACAGUGGAGAAAGUAGCUCAAGAAACGCUGCGAUAUGGCUAUGAGAUAACCAAGACGGCUCUACCAGCAGUCCUCGAAAAAGUAGCGAAUGAUUCUAACACUUGUAACAUGUUCUCGCCUGGAUUCAAUCCUUUCGUGCCUCGUCAACGUCUACUCUACGGCAUAGCCCGAGGAGAAAGUCUCACUGUUUACUUCUAUAAUUAUAACCCCGAUAAAAUCAGAGAUCUGCUUAAUUUCAUCAAUAGGGCGACGCUAUGGCAUUUGGCUAGAUCUCGACUUAGUCGGGAAAUUUCAUUGCACAAGCUAGGUAUAACACACCUAUCUCCUGUUCAGAAAUCCUCGGAGAAUCCUUACUUAUCUCUUGUCUGGCGAAGUACUGCUAAACUUAUUGAGUUGGAAUACCCAGCUGAUGAACUGAAUGCUGUCGCUAUUGAAGGAUUACCAGAGCUAAUAGCUGACUUAGUCUUAAGGCCAAUACGUAAAGCUGAUUUCUCUUUUGUUCCCAACUACCAGUCUCAAUGUCUGAUAAAGAACCAGUUGGAUCAAGUGUUGUCAUUACGGUCUGAUCUUGAAAGACGUAUGCAUAGGUUUAUAACUUUGUCACAAGUUCAUGCUCGACUAAGAAAAGAUGAAUGUGAAGUUAAGGAAAGCGAACUUGCUGCGCUGUUGGAAUGUUCAAGAAGAGUUCAUUUCGUGCAAACUCCUGUUCUACUGUUUCCCAAAUGGAGAAGAAAGAUUGCUGAAAUUCGAGCUACUAUAGAACCUAAGACGCCAAAAAAAGAAAACUCGUCUCGCCCUCCAACUGGAUCGUCUUCUAGCACAAGCCGUAGACUGAGAUCUUCUACUCUCAGUGUCUCAUCUUCUGCCCAGCAUCAGCAACAGUCACCUUUACGGUUCAAAAGUGAACAUGAAGAUCCAUUUGAGGUGAAAAUACUGUACAUGCUCUUGAACGAUUAUAUAUCUUAUCUCAAAUCUAUUGGUUUGAAGCCCUUCCGAGUAACAAACUUAUCCGAGAAAAGCCAACGCAUGGACUGGUAUCAAACAGAGUAUCCUCAAGGGUGCAAGUACGCUCCCACAGUUACUCUUUUCAAAGAAACUUGCGGUGGCAUUGUUGUGAUCAAAUUAUCGUUCCUACAACCGUAUUUCAUCCUCUCUAUUCACGUUUACUCAUCUAGUGAUCUGAUUCAACCGAAUAGGAACAUAAACGAUUCGGAAGCAAGGUCCCGUUGGAGGAAACUCGAGGAGUUGAAAGAUAGUAUCCUCUCGAAAUGUCAUGUACAUUCGUUCACGUACGACUUUCAUCUAAGGAUCCUGAGCAAGUAUUUAGUUGGUAAAGAUCAGGUUUUAUUCAGCAAUGGGUACAACACUUACUCAUUCUUGGUAGAUUUCUUGAAAUACUACGGAUGUCGUCCACCAAAUGCUCGUAACUGCGUGUAUGAAGUGCGGCCAACUUUUGAGUUGAAACAUGGCGUAGCUGCGAAAGACAUUUGGACUCAUUUCUUAGACAUGCAUUACGAGAAGCACUAUGGAUGGACUGUUGUCCGUUUAAAAAACUCAGAAGAUGAUGUUAGUAGUAAAGCCCAUGACUUCAUGCUCGUAUCGAGUGAGAAACCCAGGAACCUGAAUGGACAUGAGAAACUAAGAGUUUUGUUGCGCGAUAGACGAAAAGAAGGCAAAGCUGGACAGCUUCAUCUUGUUCAAUAUUUAGUUCUCGUCGAUGGAACCCAUAUCAGCCCUAUGGAAGAUGAGGUCCAUCGAGAGGAGUAUGACCAAGAUGAUGUGGGGGAGUUUCUACACGUCGAAGGUCCUUCAGAAGCUGAAAAAGAGGCUGAAAUUGAUAUGUUGAUUGGCAUAAUUAGUGAGGGUGGUCUUCCUCUGGUAGACGGUUCGGUAAACAGGAAAAGGAGAUUUUCGAGUGGAGGGCUGGAGAAAGCUGCGACACAAAUCAGAGGGUCUGGCAGUAAUAAUCGUCUCGAAACUGAUUUGUCUUAUUCACCUAUACGGAAUGGUCCAAAAGCAGAUUCUGACUCUGACAUGCCUAGCCGUCUCUCAGUGGAAGGCUCUUCAACUCGUAGACAUCGCAAAACAAUAGAUUCUGAGGAUGUGGAAAUGCCGGGUGAAAAAGUAAUUUAUGUUCAAUUUCUUUGCGCAAAGCAGAGGAAUCUGCAAAUGAUAUUGGAAGAAGCUGUAAUGGAUUACACGAAGCUGCUCGACGACGCUGUUCUAGAAGCUGAAUGGAAAUGUCGUCGAGACAAUAUUUGGUCAAAGAUACUCGUUCCGAAGAAGGCCCUUGCACAAACUUCCGCCUUCAAGUCGUUGUUACCUUCGAAAAAUCCACAAACCGAUGUCUGGGGAAUUCUGAUGGCAUACUCUCAUGAUUUACCAGCCGAUGAGUUUGAAACUCUUCUGGAGUAUGUACAUCAAAUCGAUAUGAGUGAUAGAGAGAAGAGAUUAAUUUCGCUGUUGCAAGGCACUAACUGCGCUCGGUUGUGUCGUUUUCUUUUUGCCCGUUAUGGUUCUGACAGGUGUCGCUUCCUUGAGUAUCCACCUCCCUCUACAAAAAAGUGUCUGUUGAUAACGAACCCGAACAAUCCAAACUAUACAUUGUUCCUCAUAAGUUGUUCAUCUGAAACCACUCCAGAGUUGAGCGUUCUGUUGAAAGAUAACUAUCUGAACGACACCCUCGAUGAUGAUACAAGAAGAUACCAUGAAAAAUUGCUGGACCAAGCAUUCGAUGAACUAGUGCAAUGCGUAACAGCUUCUCUCUGGGCGGAUUUGCUUCUUCGUCCUCCUGGUCGAGCCUAA